CUUUUGGGAACAAGCGAGGGCGGUGGUGGAGUUGGCAGAGCGCUGCGAUCAGCAGCUCCUCGACUCUUGAAUGCAAUCCAAGGGGUCAGCUGAUCGGUGGAAGGAAGCGAGCACGUGAUUAGCUGCUCCGUGCAAGAAAGCGAUCGACGUCGCAGGCUUUCGGUGGUCGCUGGUACCGGUUGUGGCUUAAUGUCUGUUAGUGUGUUCUGAUGUGAGUUGAAGUUUGGAUGGGUGAUUGACGUGAACAUUGGUAAUGCAGUCAUCCCUCAAUCCAUGGUCAUGAAAUGUGUUGUCUUCUUUCUACUGCCCUAUGCCUUCUCCCUGGCUCUGGAGAAUGGACUGAUGAGAACACCCCCAAUGGGGUGGCUUGCAUGGGAACGCUUUCGUUGUAAUAUUGAUUGCAAGAAAGAUCCCCAUAAUUGUAUCAGUGAGACUCUCUUCAUGGAGAUGGCGGACCAUCUGGCAAUGGAUGGCUGGAGGGAAUUGGGCUAUGAGUAUGUGAAUAUUGAUGACUGCUGGAUGGCAAAAAAGCGGGAUAUGAUGGGACAUUUGAUUCCAGAUCCUGAGAGGUUCCCCAGAGGGAUCAAAGCUUUGGCAGACUAUGUGCAUUCACGAGGCCUGAAACUUGGCAUUUAUGGUGAUCUAGGCACCCACACUUGUGCAGGUUACCCAGGAACUACAUUGAAUCAGAUUGAACAAGAUGCUUUAACGUUUGCACAAUGGGGAGUGGAUAUGCUGAAACUAGAUGGUUGCUACUCAUCAGCACAUGAACAGGCCCAAGGUUAUCCUAAAAUGUCCAAGGCUCUGAAUGCAACAGGCCAUCCCAUUGCCUAUUCCUGCAGCUGGCCAGCCUAUCGAGGGGGACUCCCACCUGAGGUGAACUACACUCUUUUAGCAAACAUAUGUAACCUUUGGAGAAACUUCGAUGACAUACAAGACUCUUGGGAGAGUGUCCUCUCUAUUGUGGAAUGGUUCUCAAAGAAUCAGGAUGUACUUCAGCCAGCAGCUGGCCCUGGCCAUUGGAAUGAUCCUGACAUGCUAAUCAUUGGAAACUUUGGUCUGAGCCUUGAAGAGUCCAAGUCCCAGAUGGCCUUAUGGACAAUUAUGGCGGCUCCUCUUUUCAUGUCCACAGACCUCCGUGUUAUUUCUGAAAGUGCCAAGGAGAUUCUACAAAACAAAUUGAUGAUCAAAAUUAACCAAGAUCCUCUGGGAAUCCAAGGGCGCAGAAUCCUUCAGGACAAAUCUCAAAUUGAAGUAUUCCUGCGGCCCCUUUCCCACUCAGCCAGUGCUCUGGUUUUCUUUAGUCGGAGGACAGACAUGCCAUAUCGCUACACAACCUCCCUCGCACAGCUCAAUUUUACAAAGAACACUGUCUAUGAAGCACAGGACGUGUACACCAGUCAAAUAAUCAGCGACCUGAAGAUUACUACCAACUUCACAGUGGUGAUUAAUCCCUCAGGAGUAGUCAUGUGGUACCUCUACCCAACAGUGUACCUAGGGCAGCCUUUCACCUUCAUAAAGCAGCAGUCAAAAGCAAAGAAGUUCCGCCCCUUUAAUCUGUGACAGCCAGUAGUUGAAUGACUUCUUGGUGAGCUACUAAGGAUCCACCGCUCCCUAUUGGUACACUUGUGGUGCCUCAACAAAGAAAAAAAUGGCUUGUGUAGGUUGGCAGUUUUACACAAGUACUGUACACACAGUUGAGAAGCUAUUAGUUCAUUAGUUUACAGUCCAGUACUUCUAAGUAGACAUAAAUAAGAAUAUGAAGAACACAAUCUACA